ACCCGCGCGGGGCCGCGGCCGCUCCUGGGCCGUCCGGGCGCGCUACGCGUGCUGUGGUGGCGUGCACCUCUCACGGUGUGCCUGGCCGCCGAUGCCCAGGCUGCACGACCACGUCUGGAGCUACCCAAGCGCGGGCGCUGCGAGGCGGUACAGCCUCCCGCGAGGCAUGAUUGCGGCGGCCCUCUGUCCGCAGGGCCCCGGAGCCCCCGAGCCCGAGCCCGGGCCCCGGGGCCAGCGAGAGGGAACCGCAGGCUUCAGCGCACGACCCGGCAGCUGGCACCACGACCUGGUGCAGCGGAGCCUCGUGCUCUUCUCAUUUGGCGUGGUCCUGGCUCUGGUGCUCAACCUGCUGCAGAUCCAGCGGAAUGUCACGCUCUUCCCGGACGAGGUGAUAGCCACCAUCUUCUCCUCCGCCUGGUGGGUGCCCCCGUGCUGUGGCACGGCAGCCGCUGUUGUCGGCUUAUUGUAUCCCUGUAUUGACAGUCACCUGGGAGAACCACACAAGUUCAAGAGAGAGUGGGCCAGUGUCAUGCGAUGUAUCGCGGUGUUUGUUGGCAUCAACCACGCCAGUGCCAAAUUAGAUUUCGCCAAUAAUGUGCAGCUGUCCCUGACUCUGGCAGCCCUGUCCUUGGGCUUGUGGUGGACGUUUGAUCGAUCCCGAAGUGGCCUUGGGCUCGGGAUCACCAUCGCCUUCCUAGCCACGCUGAUCACUCAGUUUCUUGUUUAUAAUGGCGUCUACCAGUACACGUCCCCAGAUUUCCUCUAUAUCCGUUCUUGGCUCCCAUGUAUAUUUUUCUCAGGAGGUGUCACAGUGGGAAACAUAGGACGACAGUUAGCUAUGGGUGUUCCAGAAAAGCCUCACAGUGACUGAGUUUGAGCACAUGAUUCAGGGCGGAAGCAGAAUGUGGAGACACUGGUCCUGGGUGUGGUGAAGAUGAUCUUUUUCUCAAUGUUCCAUUCAGACUGGGCUGAUGAUAAAUGACUCCUAAACAUGCGUUCACGUAGUCUAAAUAGCAAGUGGAGGCAAGGACUACUUACCUGAAGUCUUACCUUGCUCACCCACCCUCACACCUGUCUGCACUGGAACGUUCUAUCCCAGGCUGAAUGUGAGAGUUGGGUAAGGGGGCUGGUUUCCCGAGUAUUAGAUUCCACUCAUCAUUCAAAGCAAAAUGCCAUAUUUCAAAGCCUUGAAUCAAAAUGAAUUACCAACUAGCAGUUUUAUAUCAGUGCCCAAAGGAGAGAGGUUGAUGGUGCUUAACAGAGAUGAAGUAUGUGCAGUAAGAAUAUUUAUCCAGAAUUAAAAUAUAGGGUUGUAUAAAGAGGGGGAAGGGCAGCAGUAAGUUGGAGGAAGAUCAUGCUCCCCAGAGGACCCAGUGCAGCCACAUCUCCAGGUCUCGCUCAGGCUGGCGCUCACACGUGGGUCUCAUCAGUGUGGGAACUAUGCUGUUUACUGACAGGAGGUUUGUAGACAAUCUUACUGACAGCCCAGGACAACACAAAGUCAGGAUUCUGCAUUGCGAUGCUGGACUUCUCAUCUCAAUUUAAGUGAAGUUUUAUCCAAGAUCUGGACCAUCCAAGAGUGAAUAGCUGUCUGCUGUUUCAGUCGUAAUGAGCCGAAAUUGUGUCUCUGUCACUCCAGAGUGGAGAGGACUUUUCCACAGCCCUAUGGAGCUUGCAAUCUGUGAUUGCCUUGUAAAAGGUUGAGUGUGCGCGUCACUGCGUUCGGUGCGCAGUGUCCUGUGUGUGUUGGACAGCGUAGAACACAUGGGACCUUGCAAGUAUUGGGUCUUCAACUUCAAGUGCAAUGUGUAUGAAACCAAUCUGAGCCUUGUAUUCUCUUAAAUAUUUAUUAUUUUUUUUAACCGCGCGAGCUGUUCCGGAGAAGGGUUCUCGGGUCAUUUCAGAGCUGUGUGGAGGCACACUCAGCAAUACUGUGUCAGCCGUGACGCUCCCCCAGUCACACCCUCCACUACACCCUAGUCCUCUGACAUACUCCAGGUUUGUAAGUUUAGUGAUUUUUACUUACAAAUUUACCCUUUUUUGCAUUCUAAAAUGUGUUUGUUUUAAAUUAUAUGGAACUGACCUGGUGAGGCAGCCAUUGGUCCCUGGGCAGGCAGAAGCUCUGCCUGUGGGAAUCGGGUUUGGGUUCACUCUGCAGGGCUCCUCAUAGAGGCUUUGCUUAUUUUGUUUUGAGGGAAAUGUCUGGAAUAAACCUUUGUUUUCUGAAACUACUUUAGCUAAAAGAAAAUGGGUUGUUCUAGACUUUGGAAUGGUUCUUAAAGUUUCCUGGAAAUAAAAAUAAAUGAUUGGCACUUCAAAGACAUUCUUUAGCCAAGACUUCAGUGUCUAGCAGAAACCACAAGUGACUAGAAGAUCAAGUGAUCUUGGUGAUGCACUUGAUUGUAUACAAUGAGUAUUUUUUCUCUUAAACUGGAAAUAAAUCUGUUAGAAAUAAUGUAGCCAAAAAAAAAAAAAAGGUGAAUCUGAAGGAUGCUUUUGCCAAUAGUUAGAGCAGUUACACUGAACCAAAGUGACUGAGUUUGUACAGAUGGUAAUCCGUACCAAGCACACUCACUGUCCUGAUCUGAACACCCAGCGAGGUUCAUGUCCGUGCUAAGUUUGCAGCAUUGUGUUCUUUUGCAUUCUUUUUUUACUUUUAUUAAAGGUUCAAAACCA